AGUGUUAUACAUAGAGCACUUCUCCCACAACCUGUCGAAGUCAUAUUGUCUUUCAAAAUCAAAGUUGACUCCAUUUGUCGUGAACGGCAAGCAUACACUGCCUUAGCAUUACGAUGCUGUUCACUGUGGGGCAUAUCUCAAACCUUUGUUGUGGCUCGGAUUCCACGUAUGCUAAACCUUAUCAUCAGGUGCCAAUUACACCGCUCCUCAAAGAGGACCCAGGGUGCUCUGAAGAGCGUCCUUUACAAGAUUGAGGCGAUACAUUUCAUACUUGAGUCAUCUCAAAACAUGACUUUUCUCAGCGCUCGGAAGCGAUGAUCUUAAUCGCGCUGAAAGAAGGGAGGUAAGGACGAUAUAAAGGGACCUGGAUGAUCUCCAAACAUCCGCAGGGUGCCCCCCAUAACCCACGCUCUCAGAUAUCAUGCGUCGCUACUUGUCAGUUCAUUCAUCUCGCCGUCUUUCUACCGCUUUCUCAGAGAAGAGUAUUCCUGAGGAGCACCCAGGUGCUGAUAAUGCCUCCCAGGCAGAUGUCGCGAGCGUAGCCACGCAAGACCUCGGGUCAACCACUGCUCUUAUGUCGCCUCUUGCGCCUUUGGUUCCUCCCACCCUGAAGAUUAAGCGUGUCGAUCAUUAUUGGAGUAACUGGUCGAAGGCUUGGAAGUACAAGAACAGUGGCGCCAAGGUGAUCGCUGAAGGCGGUCCUGUGAUAGGAAGUACUGGGAACAUCAAAGAUGAUCCUUGGGGGCAGUAUUGCUUUGUAGUCGUGCGAAAGCUCCCCAAGGAUGCCGAGGAAGGCGAGCCAACCUUCCAGGUUGUUGUCAAGAGCCCGUACUUGAUUCAAGCAUGUAAGCGUGUAAUCAAGGAUGUUCCUGGUAUUUCUUGGAAUGCGGUACCUCUUGAGAUCGAUCCUCAGCUAUUCAUUGCUUUCCUCCCUCAGUUCGAGAAGUACCAGGCCGAGCUGCAGCGGAAGCAUAACCGCAGUGCCGAGGAGUCGCACAUCGCGUCUUCCAUCGGCGUGCUCGUUACCUAUAUCCGCAGCGACUACCGUACCACCCUCGCUAGCAUUGCGAACUUGACCUCCCAUGGCGAGAUCACGUUCAACCUCCUCUACGCUAUCAUGGUUCCUCGCACCAUUCUCAUUACCGAAUGUCCCAUAACAAAGGAACCUCGCGCUUUGCAGCUCACCUCUUCUACGAAGGUCUGCACCCUAACCGGGGGACUACUCGACCUACUAUGCGAGAGUAUAGAUCUGUUUGAUUCAGAGGUACCCGUUGAUCCUUGGGGUACUGGAUCCUCCGCGGAAGCAGAAGCUCAUAAGGCCGGCGCCGGCAAGGCCUUUGGAAGAGUACAGCACCGUGUGAUCAUUCCUUCUUUCAAGGGCACUAGGAAGAUUGCUUCUUUGGAUGCCUAUCCGAUCAAAUAUCAUCACAAUACCGAGGAGCUGAAGUUGUCGUUGAUUGCGAGGGGAAAGAAGUGGGUUGGCUUGAGGGGUAUUCAUCACAUGCAAUAUAAAGGAUCCGCCUCAAAUACCAUGAUGACUCCGUCAGGUGGAAAGAAGGUCGUUCGAUACAGUAUCAAUUCUCGUAUCAUGGUCGACCGAACCAACUUCCGUCGUCUCAACCCCAAUUAUGAUAUGCCUGCAAUCAAAGGGACUAAUCCCAUGACUCUGCCACCCCCACCACCACUUCCUUUCUAUCAGCCGCCUGAAGCUAGUCAUGACAACGUGGGUGGAUUGCCACCACCGCCUAACCCUGAUCCCAACCGGGGCAUUCCUACACUAAAGGUACAAGGAUCGUCAGAGGAAGCGGUAGAAGCUACGGAGGAGGAACUUCUGUUGGCUUCGCCUGUCGUUUAUGGGUUCAGCCUGUCUGACAAGAUAUGGCUCGAAUUCAACGUCGAGCUGGUUCAGCCUAUCCAAUGGAAUGAUGAGGCUUUUGCAUCUCUUGUCCUUCCUCCUGGCAGGAAGCACCUCCUACAGUCAUUGGUUGAAGCUCAUAACUCUGACCUCGGUUUCGACGACUUCGUUCAAGGCAAGGGUCAUGGAUUGGUUAUCAACCUCUAUGGUCCUCCCGGAGUAGGUAAGACGCUGUCAGCGGAGGCAACCAGCGAACAUGUCAGGAAACCGCUCUACGUCAUUGGAGGAGGAGACCUCGGCACCGAUGCCAUGGGAUUAGAUCAAGCCUUGCAGGAUGCCUUUGACAUCGCUACUGAUUGGAAAGCAAUUGUACUCAUUGAUGAAGCAGACGUAUUCCUCGAGAAACGCUCCCUUCAUGAAUUGGAGAGAAACGCGAUGGUUGCUGUCUUCCUCCGUCAUGUUGAGUACUACCGCGGAAUCCUCUUCAUGACCACCAAUCGUGUCAAAGCGUUUGACGAAGCCUUCCUGUCUCGUAUUCACGUUGCGCUUCACUUCCAAGAGCUUACCAAACAAGCCAAGAUGCAAGUCUGGCGUGCUUUCCUUGCCAAGGUCGGUGUGGAAGUCACAUCCUCAGGUGAAGGUGGCCCUCCUGGCACGAUCACUGAAGAACUAGUCGGGAAGUUAUCCGAGAGGGACAUCAACGGGCGACAGAUUAAGAACGCUACGAGGACUGCGACUUCGUUAGCGAGGAGUCGGCGCGAACCCCUCUUGUUUACGCAUCUUGUGGAGACGUUGGACGCAAUGGACGAGUUCACCGCUGAAUUCAAGGCCAUGACGAUCCAAGGUGUGUAAAUGAGAAUCGUGUAUGAUUACGGUCCAUGUAUUUGUCUGCGGGUGUCUGACCGAUGUAGUAUGUUGUGAUUAUUUGUAUUACCACCUUGUACAAGCAAAUAAAACCAAUACUUGCUGUACAAGC